AUGAGCAUCUCACGGAGGACAAGAGUGUGCGUAUACCAGUGGUCGGUGGGCUGCAAGCAGCAGUGCGCGAGGCUGGACUGCAGCAAGCUGGUGCCCUGCUCCGAGAGCCUGCAGUCCAUAGCCUUGGAUGAGCAUCUCACGGAGGACAAGUGUCGGGUGACAGCCCUCUGUGCUCUGAGAGGCGAGCUGUACAUAGGCACGGCGUGGGGCUGCGUGAUCGUGGCCGACGCUACCUCACUGCGGCCUCUGACCGUGUUCAGACCUUAUGAGGAAGAUGUGCGAGUAAUAAUCCCCCUGCACCCCCACAAGGCGGAGGAGGCUCCAAUGAUCGCCACGUUCGGGCACGGAUACCGACCGCUGUUGCAGAGAUAUACUCCACAUUCAUCCAGCUCAACCAACACCCAUAACGGCUACUAUUGUCUUCUAUGGCAGACCCAGCAUUGGCUGCCCGACUAGAACCAACCAGCCCACCGCUGGACAAACCAUCUUGAAGUUAAGCCCACUUUUGUGGCAGACAAGUGGGCAUAAAUGACCCGGGGAGACUUAAUGGAGAAUAGAA